AUGGCAUAUGAGUAUGUAUUUCAGAAAAUGGCCGAUAAUAACUCAGAUCGGGAUGAAUUAGAACUGCAUGCAGAGGAAGAUGACAUGCUUGAUCUAAUGUCAGAUGAUGAGAAUAAUAAGAUAAAUGAGGCCGCAGCAUUGAUAUUCACCACGCCCCUCAAGAAAAAUAGCAAAGAGUGUGAAGAGUUGAAACCUCGGGAGUCCGAUGAAGAGCUGGAAUUAAGAGUUAAGCUAUUAGAAGAAAAGAAACAAAGACUCAAGAGGGAGCAGCUCAACCAACGUAUCAAAGAAUUAGAGGCGGAAGUGGAUGGGCUAUCAAAAUCAGAAGAAAAGCCCAAAAAGAAAUCAAAGAAAUCAAAGGGUGAGAUCACUUUAACAAAUUUAAGAGCUAAUGAUAAAUUAAAUAAAGAGGUUAAUGAUGAAUUGAAGAGGUUAGGUUUGGAUUUUGACACUAAAUUUAGUGGAAAGUCCGAGCUCGCUGAAACUUCAAAAGAGAAAAACGUGAAAUUUAAAAGCGAAAAAGUAACAAAUGAACAAGAGUUAUUGCAGCAAUUAAAAAAAAUGAAUUUAGCUAAGGGUUCUAUUUCUAAAACUACUCAACAUAAGAAAAAACAUUUGGAUUCUAAAUCUCAGAAGGUAGUACAGUUGCCUGAAUCUGUAUUGAGAGGGAACAGUAGUACCGAGUCUGAAUCUGAAACAAGUUCAAAUUCCAGCUCUGAGGAUUCAUCUGAUUAUGAAUUGUCAGCAAAAUUAUCAUCAAGGAAAAAGAUCUUUUCCACAUAA